UCUAGGCUCAUCUCCCAUUGGAACGAGGUCACCUUUGAAUGGCUCUGUACAACUUAGUAGCUCUUUCUUUACAAUGCAAGCAUAACAGUAACUGUGGAUAAACUUCGCAAGUGCUGGUAUAUGUUCUGAGGCACAUAUUUUGGGCUACAAACUGAAACCAAGUGGAGAUUUCAGAUAUCUUCCCAAGGAAUAGAUAGAUGCUGAACUGGAUUUACAUGAGAAUGAGGAAGAGAAGGAAGAACGACCGCAUGCAGAUCCCUAGGAGGCAACCCUUGCUGUUAGCGGUAGAAAGGCAGAAUUCACAUAUGAGCAAAGAGAAGGAAAAUGAAGAGCAGAGGUCAGCUCCCUUGGAACCAGUCCUUCCUUUCUUUAGUCUUCUCCAAGAAUCACAGUCAGCUGUGGAGUUGAAGAAAGCGAAAAUGGGAAAACUAACACCAAGGGCUGUAAUUCCUUUAAUGGAGCCCUCAAAGAAAUGGAGAAAGUUUUCUUACUCUCCUCAGUGGAUUAGUAUAUUGGACGUGGCUCAGAAAAUCUUCGAUGAGGAAGAUAGAGUGAAGAAGAAACAAAAACAGAAUAAAAGGGGAGGGGAGGAAAUGCUAGCAGGUGGGAAUUUGGAGGAGGGAAAAGCAGAAAUUAAAAGGGAACAAUUGUCUGACUUUUGUGCUCCAGAGGGCAUCCAACCAAAUACUGGAUGGGAUCUCCAACCCUCACGGGAGCAAUUGCCAACUCCAGGGUCGUCACAUCUAAAGGCGGAGAAAGAGAUCUUAACAGCGAAUGAAAUAGAGGAUAUCAUCCAGGAAAUUGUGGCUGUCAGGGCUAAGGAGAGGCUUUCUGAAGAAAACUUGCCUCCCGAGGGAAGAGAGAAGCUCUUCUAUCAAGAUGCCUCUUCUAUCAAUGCGCAGAAGCCACGCUACCAUAGGGACCGGAGGAUGCCACACUAAGGUGGGCGUUCAUUGCUCAGCCACUGCUCAGAAACAAAAAUGUAUGCCACUGCCAUCACAGUGCUAUUAAAUAACCAUUCCCAUUUAUAUCACAA